GGUAACCACGGACUCUGAGCGACUGGAUCGAUGCAGGAAAUGCUGCACAGGGUAAAUUUGGCUUCAUGCUUGGUGCUCUGGAUCACUUCCUGCGCCAUCACCUUGGCUGUGGAUCCCAACGAUUACAUGGCCAGAGCCUUGCAGUUAAUGUCAGAGACGCCACUCAUUGAUGGUCAUAAUGACUUGCCUUGGCAGCUUCGGUCACAAUUCAACAAUCAGCUGAACAAAGUGGAUCUUAACACACUGGCAAACACUCACACCAACAUCCCUAAGAUCAAGGAUGGACGACUGGGUGCUCAGUUCUGGGCAGCAUACGUCCCCUGUGACACUCAGUACAAAGAUGCUGUCAGACAAACGCUGGAGCAGAUAGACGUGAUUCACAGGAUGUGUCAGAAAUACCCUGAAAUCUUCAUGUUUGCCUCCAGUAGCCAAGACAUCUUGAAGGCCUUUAAUAUGAAUAAGACCGCCAGUCUGAUUGGGGUUGAGGGUGGUCACUCACUCGACAGCAGUCUGGGGACCCUGCGCACCAUGUACCAGCUGGGGGUGCGCUACCUCACACUCACCCACUCCUGCAACACACCUUGGGUAGAUAACUGGCUCGUGGACACUGGAUCAGAGCCAUCGGAGCAUAACGGCCUCUCUUCUUUUGGCAAACAAGUAAUUGCGGAAAUGAACCGCCUGGGGAUGCUGAUCGACCUGGCUCAUGUUUCUGAGGAGGUGAUGAACCAGGUGCUGACCCUGUCUAAAGCUCCGGUCAUCUUCAGCCACUCCUCCGCAUACGCUGUCUGUCCACAUAAGAGGAACGUCCCAGAUGACGUCCUGAGACGAGUGAAUGAAACUAAAGGAAUUGUGAUGGUCAACUUCUACAAUGACUAUGUGACCUGCAGCAAUACGGCUAAAUUGUCUGAUGUCGCAGAUCAUUUCGACCAUAUAAAGAAAGUGGCCGGGGCAGACAUCAUCGGCUUUGGUGGAGAUUAUGAUGGCGUUCCCAGAGUACCUGAGGGUUUGGAGGAUGUGUCCAAGGUCCCCAAUUUGGUGGCUGAACUGCUCAGGAGAGGAUGGACUGAUGAGGAAGUCAAAGCUGCUCUUGGAAAUAACCUGCUCCGUGUCAUGAGCGAGGUUGAGAAGAUCCGCGACAGCAUGAGCAACGAGAUCCCGGAUGAUGUUCCCAUUCCAAACGAAGAUGUGCAGAACCCGUGCAGAACAAGCUUCGGAUACCCCAGCACUACCGGCUCCAACGGAUCAGCCCAUUCGCUCAGUACACUGGCGCUUCUGAUUACACUGGUUCUCCAGGCUUGGAUUACAUCAACUGUUUAAUGGGUAGCUGUAGAACCUACAGUAUGUAAGUCCUGAGUUAAAUCCUGAACUGUAAUGCUAUACCGCUGAGAGAAACUACUGCACAACUUUCUCCCCUCAUGCAGUUUUUAAAGC